UUUGACAAUCUAUAUUUAAAUCUACAUUGUACUUCACGUAAUAUCUCUCAUUCAUGUAACAUUUUUACAAUUUCUGAUCAUGUUGAACACGAUUGCACGUUUUUUUUAUCACUACGUAUUUAAGCGGAGUUCUACGUUCACGCUUGGUGCCGUGAUUAGCGCGAUGUACUUUGAGAGAGCAUAUGAUGACGCUUGCGAGUACAUAUUUGAAACUGUGAAUAAAGGGAGGCUUUGGAAAGAUAUAAAACAUCGAUAUGAAAAGUAAAUUAUGGAAACUCGGUAUGCAUACAACGAUCAAUCCAAGCCUUUCAUCGAUAAUAAAGAAACUCAUUAUGGAUUAAUGUGUACGCAGAUUUGAAAGCGCAAUAUUUGCAAAGAACGUUCAGUGAGAAGCUAAUAGCCAAAAUAAUUAGACAAGUAUUUAGAGUUAUUCUUGGUCAGAAUCAACAUUGAAGAUGAAAUCGAUAUUAUAUGUAUUAACGGUUUUGUUGGCUGGUACGCCAACUUUAUUACAACAAAUAAAUA